GGCUCAUCUGCUGAUGGUUCUGACUCGGACUCAGGCUCUGGGUACGGAUUUGGCUCAGCGGACUCUGAGGCUGGCCCAGCCGACACCGCCACGAACUCCGCGUCUGGGUCCUCCAGCAUAAGUAGCAGCGACACUGGAACGUUCAACAUUGCUCCCUCCAGCUCUUCAGGAAUCUCCGGCGCUGCUGUAGGCAGUCACACUGGCCAGCUGACCUGCAACUGGCAUGGGAUCUUGUGGCUGGACCAACACAGAUUCCGAUAUGAUUGCUGCAGUCUCGCAUACUUUGUACGACCAAUACACAACCACGCCCGGCAACCCGAACAACAAUGACCUGUGCGGCAAGAUGAUCGACGUCAGCUACGGAGGCAAGACGGUGCGCGUCAAGAUUGUCGACAGAUGCGAGGGCUGCCAGGAAUACGACGUGGACUUGACGACUACCGCCUUUUCCCAGCUUGCCGACCUCGGCGUUGGUCGUCUGUCCGGCGCAACGUGGCAGCUGGUGUGAUUCUGCAACCUGGGUGCUAGACCCAUCAGUCCAAUGUAUUCA